UUUCUUGUAAAUUCUAUAACUUUGCAAAUAAACGUCAUGUAGAGCUGGGGAAUGUCUCAUUUUAAUCAGAAAUGUGCGCGCUACAAUUAUAUCUUAUUUAAAAAUGUUUUGGUUAUUUUUUAAAGUUCUGAAAAGCUGGUUUUCUAGAAAACUGGGUCUUCAAGAAACAUACAUUGGGAAAGAUGCUUUAUGCCACUAGAAUCAGCUCGUCGAGCUCUAUCGACUGGGAUACCUCUCGUUAGCAUCUGUGAUUAACACUUGGGAUAGUUCCCUCGUUAGAGAAAAUUAUCUAAAAUAUGUCUAUUGUAUAGGUCAAUCACUUGUUGCACAUCCAAAUCAAAAGGUUCCGGAUGAUUAUUGGCUCAGCAAUUUAUAUACUGCUGUACCAUCUCGUUCAUUUUUUCCACGUGGAUUUUUAUGGGAUGAAGGUUUUCAUAAUUUAUUAAUUGCACGAUGGAAUAAAAAUAUAACAUACGAUAUUCUAUCUCAUUGGCUUGACAUGUUAAAUGAUAAUGGAUGGAUACCUCGAGAAAUGAUACUCGGUCAUGAAGCUCGUGCACGUGUUCCAAAAGAAUUUAUUAUUCAAUAUUCGACAAAUGCUAAUCCACCUACAUUUUUUCUUACAAUCGAUUAUCUAUUAAAAACAAACUUUAAUUUUAUAAAUAAUUAUGAUACAAAUAAAUUUCGAAUAUUUAUUCAACGAUUAGAAAAAUGGUAUAAAUGGUAUAAUCGUACACAAAUUGGUCAAUUACCGUUUACCUAUCGAUGGCGUGGACGAAAUUCAUCAUCUAUAUACGAAUUAAAUCCAAAAACAUUAACAAGUGGUCUUGAUGAUUAUCCACGUUCUUCUCAUCCAACAGAUAAUGAAAGACAUUUAGAUUUAAGAUGUUGGAUGAUGUUAGCAUCAAAUGUUAUUGGAAAAUUAUAUCAAAAACUGAAUAAUAAAAGAGAUGAGACUAAUAUUUAUAUCGAUUAUGCACAAUUAUUAGCUGAUAAUGAACGUCUUGAUCAACAACAUUGGUCAGAGCAAGAUGGAAUGUAUGCUGAUUAUGGUUUACAUACAGAUUAUGUACAUUUACAACGAGUGACUAUUCCAACUAAACAAAAUCAACAACAUCAACAACAGGAAACACACAUGAUUAGACAAAUAACAAGACAAUCUGAUUUAACCUAUAAAUUCGUCAAACAUUUUGGUUAUGUAUCUCUAUUUCCAUUAAUGACAAAAAUUUUAAAACCAAAUUCAUUAAAAUUAGACAAGUUAUUAACAGAUUUAACAAAUCCAACGUUAUUAUGGACAUCAUUUGGUUUGAGAUCAUUAGCACAAACAAGUACGUUAUAUAAUAUGAGAAAUACUGAGCAUGAUCCACCAUAUUGGCGUGGCUCAAUUUGGAUUAAUAUGAAUUAUAUGGUAUUAAAUUCAUUAAAUUAUUACUCUAAAACAUCUGGACCAUAUCAAGAGAAAGCUAAAACAAUUUAUCAACAACUAAGAACAAAUUUACUAACGAAUAUGUAUCGAGUUUAUGAGAAAACGGGUUUUGUGUGGGAACAAUAUAAUGAAAAAACGGGUAAUGGUCACGGUGUUCAUCCAUUUACAGACACUGAUAAUUAUCAAUUUAUAGCGUGUCCUGUACUAUUAUUAACUGAAAUGAACAAUAAUUCAAUAUUUAGUACAUUAAUAUCAGAUAGAUUAUAUUCAUUUCAUGAAAAAUACAAUGGUUGUUCAUCGAAUACACUUUUAUAUUUAUUUUGUACAUUCUAUGAAUUAUUUGAUGAACAAUUCAGUAGUUUGAUGGAUGAUACACAAACAAAUUCUAUUCUUGAAUCUUUAGAACAACUUAUUAACGAUACAAGUAUUAUUGCUCAAGAAAAUUUUCGACAACGAUUAUUUGCAAGUCAGAUAUGUAUUAAGAAUGUAGCCUAUGUCAAUGACAUUAUAUUACGUAUUUGUCGUUAUCAACAAAUAUAUUCCGAUUCCCUAUUUGAUGUAUAUAAAUAUUUUGUUAUACAACAAAAUGUAAAUAAUUUAUCAACAUUAUCAGAUUUAUUUGACUCUUUAAAUCAUGUAACAAUUGUUGAACAUAGUCAAGAAAAAUGUUAUAUAUUAACAGGUGGUAUUGCACUACCUCAAUUAUCAACUCAACAUUUACAAAUAGAUAUUAAAAAUGAAUUAAAUAGAACAAUUUUAAUUGAUGGAUGUUUAUCAGAAGAUUAUUCUCAUCUUGGUUAUGAAAUGAAAAUGAAAUUAAAACAAAAAAUUAUUAUGGAUGAAAUUUUAUCAUCAAAAAAAUCUUGGCUUAAUUUAAUUGAAUCAAUAAUAAAACAAUAUAAUAUUACAUUAAUACUUUGUUCAUCAACAAUCGAUCUUAAAUUAAAAGAGCGUACAUGUUCUUAUUUGAAAACAAUUGAAAAUAUUCCUAUUCGUAUAUUAAAAUUAUUAUCAUCAACUAGUUUAUUAACAUAUUUAACAGAUUUAGAUGAUGAAAAUACAAAUAUUAUUCAAACACGUUUAAUUCAAUCAGAGAAAAUAAAUUCUAUUUAUUUAAUUUCAAAUGAAAAUGAAAAAUCAAAAUUAUUUGUAAAUAUUAUACAAUGUGUACCAUUUGAAAAAUUAAUUUAUAUUCAAAGUGAACGUUUUAAACAUUGUUUAGCACGUUUUAAACAAAUAUUAAAGGUAAAUUGUUUUGUUAAUGGUUCAAGUAAAUUUGAAGAAAAAAUAUAUGAAUAUUGGUAUAAAUUUAGAAAAAAUAAUCAACAAAUCAAUAGUAUAGAAUAUAAACUUGCUAUUCAAUAUUAUUUAGAUUGUUUAGAUUUUUAUAUUAAAUAUAUUAAAUCAUUACCAUUUUAUGUACCAUCUAUUAUAGAUGAUUUUUAUUCAAAAAUGGAUGCAUGGAAAAUAUGUAUUCAAUUAUUAAAGAUAAUAAUCAAAAUUGAUUAUGUUGCAAAAACAGAUCACAUUAAUUAUGAUAUCUAA